AAAACCUUUAUUUUCGAUUGAGGACCUUUUCUUUCUUUUUUUUUUGCUUGUCAAAUUUUUUGGCGGGCAAAUUUUCCCCUCCUGUGGAAAAUCCUAGGUACGCCACUGCUGUAGUGUAUGCUACUUCUUCUAAAAAAAAAAUGCAUUUCAUAGGCGGAUCCAGGGUGGGCCCGAGGUGUCCGGUGUGAUGAUGAACAGUGUAUAUUUCAGGGGCCGUGGAAAUGGUUUUCAAAGUAGGGGGGGGGGGGCUGAUGACGCAAAAAAUCACAAUCAUAUGGUCAUUUUUACGAUUAUGUACACGGCUUUGAAAGUGGGGUCACCCCCCCCCCCCGCUUCCGCGGCCCCUGUAUUUCAUGUGCAAUGGGGAUGUCUGAAUCUCAUCUGUAAAUGAAAUAUAUAUAAUUUAUCUUUAUUUGAUAUUAGCCAUAAAACAAAACAUCAAAACAUUCACAAUAGGCUUAAUGAAGAAGGAAACAUUGAAGUCGAAAGAAUAGAAUUAUAAAGAAAAUGUGAAACUAAAUGCUAAUGGCAGGGCAAACAAAACUUAAUUUAUUAAGAUGUAAGAAGAAGGAACGGAAAAGAAGAAAAGAGACAAAGAGAAAGAGAAAGAAAAGAUAACAAGAAGGAAAGGAAGGGGAAGAAAUAAAGAGGGUAUAAGAAAGGAGAACAAGUCAUAUCUUAUGUGAGUAGUACAUAAGGUUAAUGUUGCACGCUAAAAUUUCAUAUAAUUUCUUAUUUUGUACUUUAGAAAACGGUUUGGUUCAAUAAAGGUCAAGUCUACCUCAGAAAAAUGUUGAUUUGAAUCAAUAGAGAAAGAUCAGACAAGCACAAUGCUGAAAAUUUCAUCAAAAUCGGAUGUAAAAUAAGAAAGUUAUGACAUUUCCAAGUUUCGCUUAUUUUUAACAAAAUAGUUAUAUGAACGAGCCAGUUACAUCCAAAUGAGAGAGUCGAUGAUGUCACUCACUCAAUAUUUCUUUUGUUUUUUAUUGUUUGAAUUACACAAUAUUUCAAUUUUUACGAAUUUGAUGAUUAGGACCUCUUUGCCUGAAGCAUAAAAUGUUAAACGUGUUCAGGGAGGAAUGAAACUUCAUUUCACCAUGACAAUGACAAGAAAAUAAAAAUAUUUCACAUUUCAUAUAAUAAAAUACAAAAGAAAUAGUGAGUGAGUGAUGUCAUCAGUUCCCUCAUUUGCAUACCGACCGAGAUGUGCAUAUCAAACUGUUUUGUGAAAUGAAGCGAAACUUUUAAAUGUCAUAACUUUCUUAUUUUACAUCCGAUUUUGAUGAAAUUUUCAGUGUUAUGCUUGUUGAAUUUUUCUCUUUUUAUUCAAAAAAAGUUUUGUUGGGGUGGACUUGUCCUUUAAUCAAUCAGUUCCAUUAUAUUGUAGAAAUGAUAAAGAUACACGUAGGAUGAUAAAUAACAUUUAAAAAACAGGACAUUGGAGGAAAGGAAGAAGAAUGAGAGAGCAAAUGAAAUAAAAAUGAAAAUAAAAUUAGAAAAAAUAAGAAAGGAGGAGGAAGGGAAAGAAUGAAAGAAAGAAAGAGAGAGAGAGAGAAAGAGAUAAAAAUGAAAAAAAAGGAAGGAAAAAAUGAAUGAAUGAAAGAAAGAAAAAGGAAGAAAGGAAAGGAAAGAAAGGAAGAUAUAAAGAGAAAAAGAAGAGAGAAAAAAGAAAGAAAACAAAAGAGAAGAAAAGAGGAAAAGAAAAAAAAAUCAAGAAGAAUGAAAAGAGGAAAAAAGAAAAAAAGGAAGAGAAAGAAAGAAAAAGACAAGGUUUAUUCCAUGUCACUUAUAAAAGACCCGGGGGGGGGGGGGUGAUCAGGGCAUCUUCUACACAUUCAUAUACUGUAUUAGUUCCAUACACGUUCCUUGCUGUAACAAAAAAUGUUUCAAAAUAUGCCCUAUGCUAUUAUAACCAUGAGCUAUUACAGACUUUGGUAUCAUCAUGGACCUAUCAUCCAAACCAUUCCAUCUCCUGACUACUCAAGUACAUUCAUAUAUGUAUCUAUGCAUGUAUAUGGAUCCUAUGUGUAUGUAGCAAGCCCCAAAAGUGAAAGAGGAGUAUACCCUAUUUGUUUAAAUUCCACAAGAUAAGAAAUGGUCAGAACAGCUGGAUCCUAAUCCCUCUCUUGCCCCUACUUCCACAAAUCUGCUGUCAAUCAUGGUAUCUACUGGCAACGGAGGGUUUCAGCAAGCUCCGCCUUGUGUACACGUUUCGUGUACAUUGGUCAAACAUGUUGUAGACCCAGAUCUGCAGGCUCUAGUAGACCUAGUCUGCUAUGCAGACUCCUUGAAUCAGCUGUGAUACACACACUGCAGAUGUGGGUCUACAAUUGUAGACUAAGUAUGAAUACUGUUGGAGCUAUCCCCACUGCGUGCCAAACGAACUGUGUAUCCCAUAGCGUGGGGACUGGAUCACGAGUAUACUAUACUGUUGGAACUGUCCCCACCGCCGUGAAAAUCAAACUGGAUUUCCCAUUGAGUGGGGACUGUAUCACGAGUAUAUAAUAGGGAGAGAACCCUAGUGUUUAUAUACAGUGUGUGUUUCAUUUGUGUGUGUUAUCAUUUUGCCACAGAGUUGUGCGAGAGUUGGGGACUGUGUUCUGGAGAAACUUCAGAAAGGAAGUGAUUUUCAUGCGUUCUGGUUAAGGCAUCUUCUAGUUCUUACCAGGCAAGAAGGCCUACUUCGAUUGCCCAGCAUCAUAACAAAGAAGAGCAUCUUUUUGAUAUGGAUAACACAAAGUCAGAAGACAUAAUUGCAGGCAUUAAAGAGAAUCCAACAAGUCACACUGCUACAAGCUGUCAGACAGCAGACAAUGGGAAAGAACACUCUAUCUUACAAGACUCAUUACAAGAAAGUAGACAUUUAUGCAGUAUACCUUCAAGACAAACUCUGCUCGGAAAAUUGGAACAUUAUCUGCACAAAGCAGCCAUUAGUAGAAUAGCGCUCCUGCCUACUGUACAUGCCUCAUUGCAGAGUACAGACAGUACCAAAGAUGGGGCCAUACAUGACCAUAUACCAAGACAUGAUGCAGCGAGUUCUGUCCCCAUAACAACAGAAGAUACUGAUGCUGUUAGUGGUUGGCUAAGACUGAAGGAGGCAUACUUUGUCAAUAGAGAGGAUGGCUUAUCUCGUGAGCUAUAUGAAGUGGUCAUGAUGUUUGUACUAGGUGGUAUGUUAGGGUUUGUAUAUGGUGGCUUUCCAGCUUCAAGGUUUGCAAGGCAGAGAUACAUUCACAAUAGUCAAGCAUCUCUUUACCACAGCCGACUUGAAGCUACAGUGAGUACUUUGAAAUACUCUUCUCAGAAUACCUACCAAAUCCUGUGAUUCCCAUCUAGCAUAGGUUUUUUACAGGGGCUACUAGGUUCCAGUACAAUGGGUUGAGCAGUUUCACCCUCUUAAAAUUGUUUCAUUAAAUACAGGGGGGGCGGUGGGGGCAGUCGCCUCCCCCCAAAACGCCCCAAAAAAAGAAGGAAAAAAAAAGGAGAAAAAGAAAAAGCGAAAGGAGAAAAAGGAAGAAAGGUAUAGCUUUGUUGUUUUUUCCUUUUGUUGUGUCAAAAGAAUAAAAACCUAAACGAAACGUUGAUCAUCUCUUCUCAUACAAAAUUAUGCUUCCGCGCUCUGCGCGGGAACAAUAUCAAAAUCACCUUUCCCUUUUGUUUCCCACACCUUUUUUCUACUCCGUUUUUCCCCUUCCUGGCUGUGGGAAUCGUAUAUUCUUGCCAGAAUUAUAAAUUAUACAUGAGUGUAAAGAGUAUGAAAAGUAUUUUUUCGUUUAAAUUGCAUUGAUACAAAAUGUCGGCUCUUCUGUUCGGAGCGGGUAAACAUUACCGUCACUUCCCGACUCCCCAAAUGAUAUUUCUUACACUUUUCCAACAAGUUAUUUUUGGCAAAGUAUAUCUGCUCAAAGGGGGAGGGAUUAAAAUCGUUCCAUGCUAUAUGCAAAAGUAUACGAUAUGAAACUUUAUUCUAUAUCGCUGCACAUCCAUCUCCUGUCUUGUUUUGUGCCUUUGAUUUAAAAUCACUGAAGUUUCUUAAUCAAACAAAAGGAAGCACUUAUAUGAGCGAAAUUACACAAUUUUUUUUCUUCCAAAAUAAAUCACAAAGGUUUCCGUGCUCCGCGAGAAUGGAAAAGGAAAAUUAAGUCCAUCUUCUAGCUUGCAUCAUCCCUUUCACAUUUUGAGCUCGUUUUUUUGUCUCGCCCACCAGAGGUGAAGGCGAAACUUAGGGAUCCAAAUGUCGUCUGUCGUCCGUCCGUCACAAACCUAAUGACACAUAACUCCAAAACCGUAGGUCCCUUUUCAACCAAACUUGGAUGGUAGAUGGACUUGGGGGACCUGCAUGUUAUGCUGCAGUUGGAGGUCACAUGGUAAGGUCAAAGGUCAUUUUCAGGUCAACGUUCAAAGUUUACAUGCAAGACUCUCUUAUGACACCUAACUCCGCAACCGUAAGUCACUUUUCAAUCAGACUUGGAUGGUAGAUAGACUUGGGGGACCUGCAUGUUAUGCUGCAGUCGGAGGUCACAUGGUAAGGUCAAAGGUCAUUUUCAGGUCAAUGUCAAAGUUUACAUGCAAGACUCUUAUGACACCUUACUCGGCAACUGUAAGUCACUUUCAACCAAACUUUGAUGGUAGGUGGACUUGGGGGACCUGCAUGUUAGGCUGCAGUCGGAGGUCACAUGGUAAGGUCAAAGGUCAUUUUCAGGUCAACGUUAAAGUUUACAUGCAAGACUCUUACGACACCUAACUCCGCAACCGUAAGUCACUUUUCAACAAAACUUGGAUGGUAGAUGUACUUAGCAGGGGUGUGAGAGUUCAGAUUUUUAUCUGAUUUCAGUUUUUUUGUCGUUUUGAUUUUCAGCUUAAUUUCAGCUUAUUUUUGGCUUUCCUCUGUACAAAAAGUAUGGGAGCUCUUUCUAUUUCAGACUUUUUCUACAAGUUUCAGCUUUUUUCAGAUCUUUUUAUUUGUGACCACUCACACCCCUGACUUAGGCGACCUGCAUGUUAUGCUGCAGUCGGAGGUCACAUGGUAAGGUCAAAGGUCAUUUUCAGGUCAACAUUAAAGUUUACGUGCAAGGCUUUUAUGACAAGUGUUAUUCCAUCCCAGUCAUUUCACAAUGAAGUUUUGAUACAAUUCUGUUGAGUGCUCUUGCAAAUCACGAUAUUUCUGGUUAUUUUCAUAAGUGGGCGCGACACAAAAUCGCUUUUGCCUUGUCUUCUUAAUCGAGUUAUAUUUCUAAGAAAUAUCAAAAUUAUAACAAGUUAAAUUUCAGAGAAAUUUCUAAAAUUCAGAUCUUCAACGCCAUUCGCGGGAAGGAAUAGGGCCUAUUUCCUUCCUGCCUACACACGUCUUCUACUCUGUUUUGUGACUUAAGAUAACGAAAUUUAAAUCAAAUCUGAUGUGACCAAGGUGGGCAUUUUAUACCACUUCUGUUCUCCAAUUUUAUAAAACGUUUUAGCUUCCGCGCUUCGCGCGGUAAGAGGAAUUAUUUUUUUUAUCACAGCAAUUAAAUUGAAUUCGAGUUGAUAAGGAUACUAGUGACGCAAGAGAUGCCUUCUUUUGAUUUGAAUUUGAUGAGAUAUCAAAAACUUCGCGCUCCGCGCCCUCACUGCACCCUCCCCCCUACACGUACGUGCAGUCGCCGCUGGCUAACGUCAGCUUAAUGGACGACGCCAUACUGCCAGAUUUGGCCCGCGCCCUCACCGGCUAACGCUCGAAUGCCAUUCACCCAUACACUAAUUCCUCUUGAUUACCGUUGAUAAAAACCUCGUUCAAAUCUUUUCCAGAAUUCUUAUGAAUUAGCGAUGGAUGUUUUUCCGUUAAUCAAAUAUCCUUUAUUAUAUCAAUAUUUUUGUAAUAUUUAUAACAUUUUUAUUUUAAUCACAAUUUCAGUCUAAACGCGGGUCAGUUUUUGUGAACCCACGUUGUUUGUGCAUGCCCAUGUGUAGCCUUACGCGUAUUGAAAGGAAUGAUGUUGGGUCGAAAAACAGAAUUGUUGUUAUUGUUUGUUCCGUGUUUGUUGGGGAUGAAACUAUGAUGGCGACCAGUCACGUUUGACUGUACCGCCAAAUAGUUAAGAUUAAUUAAUUAAGGUCAAGGUGAGAUAAGAAAAAUGAGCAAGGGGCUUUGUGGUGGGGGGGAAGGAGAGAGAGAGAGAGAGAGGGGGGGGGGGGGUUAAGAGGGCCGAGUGGGGAUACAGUUUCAUCAUGCAGUACAGGGCGUCGAUGAACACCUUCAUUUUUUUCUCCAAAAUAUGGAAAGAGACAGAAUAAUCGGAAAAAGGUUGAUUGGUUCUGAUUUUGAAAAAAAAAAAAAAAAACAGAAUUUAUCAAGAUUGCUGUUAUUCUUCAUGGUUGUAGAAUUUAAUUUAGUUUCUCUGUUAUAAUUCUUUCAAACAACUCAAAUUUUGAUUAAUCGUAUUUGAUUUAUUGCACUCUUUUCUUUCGCCUCGUUUUUUUUUCUUCCAAAAAAUCAGGGAGCUGAAAAAUAUGAGAGCUAGAACCUAAAGAUAUGGGGUAGCUAUGACGUUGGAGAGGGCGCAGCCCCAUGCACUUGCAGAUCCAGAUCGAUUUUCAUAGGGGACACUUAGAGUAGCCCCUAUUUCUUCAAUAUUAUUUUUACAAGCAAAAACAAGUCAAUGAAGACAUCAUGCCACCGACAGCUGCCUCGUCAAAGGGGGGCGGUCGAUUAUUUUGAACAUUUUUUUUUCAUUUUGUCCUCAAUAGGGGAGGGGGGGUCAAUUAAUUCUAUAUACACUUCUAUUGUGUUUAUAUAUGGGGGGGGGGGGUCUGCUACUGAGCAUGUUUUUAAAAGGGCUUAAUAUAACAGAAAUUGUAUGAUUUAACACAAUAAAAUGUAUCAUGGAGGUUAAUACUAAAUUAAUACAUAAUUAAUGAUAAUUGUUUUAAUUGAAAAUGAAAAUAAUAAAGGCACCCAUAGACAUAAAUUACAGGCCUAAACCUGUAUUGGAAGUUGAACAGGCAUAAAGUAUAAAUGUUUAGCUAUAUAGCUGAUGCUUUGAUCCCGCAACCAAAUAAUGUUGGCAUAAACUAGCUGUUAUCGGCGUAACGAGCGAAAAAAAAUGAGGGUUAUACGAUGUGGCGUAUCAGGCAAAAUUUAUAAAAGUAUAUAGUUGCAAGCAAGCGACAUGAGCAUAAUUUUGAUGUUUUUGUUACAAAAAUCCAAUUAAACAAUUUCGUAAGAUUCUCUUUCCUUUUCCUUUUUUUUCUUGUUCGUGAAUUGGGGGCAUGCAAGACCCCCCCCCCCAUAUACAGCACCACUCUUUGUUGUUAUAUCACUGUCUAAAAUUGGAUUUAAACUUUGAGAAUUUGAAUUUCUUAUCUAAGUAAUCCAAAGGGAUAAGACAAAAAUAUUUGCAGACUACUUAUUUCAAAGUAUUUUUGCCUAACUCCCCAACUCUGCUCCAGCUGCACUGCACGUUGCCCAACGGCCUUCCACCAAAGGGCCAGGCCGACUCCCCGCGUGAGCAAGUGACCGCGUUCGCGUAAGUUCACCAGAAGCCAUGACUAAAUUCUGACCAUAAACAUCACCUAACUAAUAAUCUGUAAUCACUCUCUGACAAUAUUUCAAAGUAUCUUUUAUUACAGUCGAUCCUUUGGGCCAUUAAACGAUAAUAUUUCCAAUGUUAUCAUGACAAACAAUUUUAAUGAGAUAGUGGCAUUGUAGAAAAAACAAAUUUAUAAGCACGAAAUGGCACCAGAUAUAUCAUCAAACAUACAGCGCAGCGUUCGGGACUGGUGAGUGGUACGGCUCGCUUGGAUUUUUCGCCCCGACGAAUUCGGCGAAAACGUUACCAUUGCGCCGUGCGAAUGUUCAAUCUGCGGCUCUCAAUCAGAGACUUGAAUGUCUCUCUUUGCAUUAUCGAAAAUGUAUUAUAGACUUUGUUUGAUUUGUUUACAAGUAAGUUGCAUAUCCGUCGUGAUAAUUAGGAAAAUCCAUGAUGUCUUCUUCUAAUUCUGUAAAAAUUACGUCUUCAAAAUGCCUGUGUCAGAAAAUUGCCGGAAAUCGUAAAAACUUGCCUAAAAUUUCUCUUUUUGAAAGUUCAUCCAUGGUCUGGAAAAAAAUGUUAUAACUUAUGUAGACGUAUACUGUAAUCAAAUACAUCCUCGAUCACUAAAAUGAAGUGUUUGCUAAGCUUUUUUAUCUCAGACCGCAUUACCAUGGCAACGUGGGAAAACCCUUAUUUUUUUUAAAUAAAAUUUUGGUUUUAAGGGUCAUUUUAGAGACAUAAAACUAACCAUAUUUUGAAGUAUUGGGUUUAAAUUUCACAUAAAACUGAAUUAUCUAUGUCUAUACUUUCGUAUAUGAAUAUUCAUAUUUCUUAUAGAAUCUUAGUUUUUGAUUGGUCAAUGUUUCAGUCAUGGAUAAUGACUGAGCGUAAAAAAAUCUCAAAAUGCGCAUUUUAUCGGCAACCAACAAGCAAGAUGGCGGAACACAUUAAGUUGGCGCUAUGCACGUACGUGCCUAGGGAGCGCGCUUCGCGUGCUCUGUAAGUGUUGGCACGCUUUGCGUGCACUUACCAUCCCCUCCAAAAUUAAAUCCUGGCUAUGCGGUUGAUUAAAUAUGUACUAAAAAAAGAAAAAUAAUCCAUAAAAUUGUAUAGGCCUAUUGAUUUGUAUUGUGUUACUGUGUUAAUAUUUGUAAUACUUUGAUUUUGAUUUUUUAUUUUAUUUCAUUUCCAGGUACACAUACUCAUAACAAUAGUCAAAUUCAUUACAAUGAAAAUAAUCAUCAUACAACAUCCAACAUACAAUAUCAAUAAAAAAAAAAACACUAAAAAAAGAGAGGAAAGAACACCAGCUAAUGCCUGGGGAUUAUCAAAAGAAAUCAAGUUUCUGUUAAAAGACUCUCCUCAGUAGCUGGUGCUAAAACAAGAACACUAACAUUAAAAUACAGUUAAACAAAUAACAAAUAAAAAUGACAUUUGAAGACAUAAUUUGCUAAUGCAGGU